CUCCAAGUUUCCCCCCACGGCAACAGACUCCAAAUUUUCUCAAAUUAAAGUUCAGUCUUGAUUCUUGAAUAGUUCAUUUUCCAAGUCCUUCACCUCUGCUAAGAACCUCCAAUGGCGUCAUCAUUAUCAAAACUACAAUUAGCUUACAAAGAGACGUUCAAAAAGGGAACAAAACUUGAAGUAAGUUUCGAUGAGGAAGGGUUACGAGGUUCAUGGUACACUGCAACAGUUACCCGCCCCCUUUCUCGCAGAACCCACCAAAUAGAAGUAGAAUACCACAAUCUUUUUCAACAUGAGUUCAGUUCAAAAGCUCUUUGUGAAUCUGUUGCCGCUAUUUUAGUUCGACCCAUACCUCCUUUAGAUCCUCAUGGCGAAUUCUCCCUUAUGGAUGAUGUUGAUGUUUUUCAUAAUGAUGGGUGGUGGGAAGGUGUUGUUACUAAUGUUUCUGUUCUAGAAUCUUCUUCGAUUCAUCUUUAUUCCGUCUACUUCCGCAGCUCUCGUGAACAGAUCGAUUGUCCCCCAUAUGAAAUUCGGUUGCAUCGUGAAUGGCUCAGUGGUAAUUUGUGGGUCCCACCUUUGGAACGUCAUUGUGCUUCUUCUUCUUAUGGGAUGAACUUGAGAAGCAGUCUACCCCAAGAAAGAGGGGAAGAUCACCAAAGCCACGAGGUUCACCGUCAGGAGAGCGAGCAACCAAAGGAAGGUAAAACCAUGGUUCUGAAGAGGAAGAGAGGCAGACCACGUAAAGUACCAGAUGACUCCAAUAUCAGAGCCGUUCAGGUUUUUGACGACAGUUUUGACGAUGAUAGCCCAGCAUCGGCUGGGAUUGAAGGCGCACAUUCUCUUCCUACAAAUGAUUCAAUUGUAGGACGCUGCUCUGCUGGGCCCUCUGGUCAUUAUAAUGAGAGUGUUGAAAAUAUUCAGACGGCUAUUGUGCCCCUGCAGUCAGAUCUCACAGCAAUUGUGCCUGUGGAAGAGCAAGACUUGCCUUUUGUCAAAAGCUCGGCUAUUUGGCAAUAUAUUGAAAACAUGGAGAUUUUGAAGCGAAUUCCUCAAAAACCACAUUUCCGUUCAUUGUACAACAAGAAGGAAGAAUGUCGUGAAGGAUUAGCGAUAGGCUAUACGAUAAACUUUGCCAAUUUAGUUGAGAGAAUAACCAAGGCUUGUUUUGAUGAACCCAAAAGCGUCUUGGAUGGGUAUCUAGAAGCUCUUGUUGAGUUUGAAGACCAAGGUUUUGAUGUAGCACCUGUAAGAGAGAAAUUAAACACAAUGAUAUCCAUAAAAAGUAGGUUGGAACAAGCUCAAAAUGCGUCUAAAGAGUUCGAGAGUCAGUUCAUGGAGCGCAACCUUGAGAUGUCAACUAUCAACCGGGAGUUAGCAGAGGUAGAUAAGAAGAAAGGGGAGCUGUUGGAGAAGGAGUCUGUGCUAUUGUUGGAGAGAAAAAAGAAGGAGGCGGAGAUUAUCUCGCUUCAAACAAGUAUGAAUUCCAUCAAACGUACAUCUGAGGCCACCCAAGAGGAGUUCGAGAAAGUAGCAACCUCACUUUUUAACUGAAUUUGCUUGUAUACAUUUCGUUUCAAUUCUCACGUGUACAUAAAUUUAGCGGGCUCAGUUUAUUUGCUUGCAUACGACCAAUAAAAUGGGGGUUUUCCUGAAAGUCGAGAGAGUGCCUCACCUAGCUCUUAUAGAAAACGCGGGUUUGAUGAAUUUAGACCAAUAAUGCGGUUGUGGUGUGAUGUUAGUAUUAGAUCGGUCUAGCAAACAUUGACUGGGUUUGAGGAAUGGCUUACUUGUCAAUGCUGAUAACACCAAGCAUCCUAGUUGUGUAGCCUGAAUAUGAUUAAUGUAGGCGAUUUUCGAUUAGAUGGUGCAAACUCUUAUAGAAUCUUGUGUUCAAGCUUAACUGAUGGUAGUCAUAGUCCUUGUUCUCUGUCUUCAUCCAUUUUCUUCUCUUCUCCAUCUUCCACUUUUCACAUAUUUUCUUGAACCAUCC